AUCCGAACCGCGGCUCCGCGCCCUGUUUUCCGGGGAGCCGGUGGAGAUCCAGCCCUUCAGCACGCUGCUCUCUUACGUCCCGUCCGUGAGCAGAGAGCUGGCCGCGGCGGAGAUUUCUGCUUCUGCUUGGAUCUUAUCUUUUCUCCAACUGAGCUCUUUCUGCUCUUUUUCGCGCUUGGCUCGGAUCGGGAGAGGAUCGGCGGCGCGUCGGUGCGUAACAGUCCGAGAAUCUGUUCCGAGGCAGCGCCUCCGUGGCAAUGGAUUGAUUUCGGUGUUUUUUCUCCGACCUCUGCCUCGACCAAGUUGAGAAAACAGUGUGUAACCUGCGGCUCCCUCCUUCCAGCUACAUGUUUGAUCCGCUCACUUCUAAAAGUACCUGGAUCCGGGUCUUUCUGCGCCUUUUGGGACUUUGAACUUUUUUCCCUCUUUGUGCUUUUGCAGGAGUGGCCGGGGAUUGUAAGGAUUAAUUUUGUAUUUUUUGGAAAAGGAAAAGCUUCUCCGGGGUUCUUCUUUGUGAAAAGUGAUGGCCGAGCGGGGAGCUCUGAGGCUCCUCUCUCUCCUCUGGCUCACCUUUCUCUCCACGGAGAGCAGCGCCGCGAAGCAUGUCGACAAAGGUUCAGCAGCUCACCCCUUCAGCCCCUUCUGGUUCACGGCGGAGCCCCAGGACACGCUGGCCAUCCGGGGAAACUCGGCUCUGCUCAACUGUUCGGCGCACAGCGACGCCGCCACGCCGGCUCGCAUCGAGUGGAAGAAAGACGGCACGUUCAUGAGCCUGGUGUCGGACGAGAGGCGGAACGUCCUCCCUGAUGGAUCGCUGCUCUUCACCCACGUGGUCCACUCCAAGCACAACAAGCCCGACGAGGGGACCUACCAGUGUGUGGCCACCAUCGACAACCUGGGCUCCAUCUCCAGCCGCACGGCCAGACUCUCAGUAGCAGGAAUGCCCCGGUUUGCCACCCAGCCGUCGGCGGCCUCGGUGCGUCUCGGGGACAGUCAGGUGAUGGCCUGUGAGGUGAACUCAGAUCUCGUGCCGUUCACCCGCUGGGAAAAAGACCGCCAGCCGCUGGAACUGAGCUCCAGACUGGUCCAGCUGCCCAGCGGAGCUCUGGUCGUCAGCAACGCCUCGGAGUCCGACGCCGGCUCCUACCGCUGCCUGGUGGAAAACGUGGGAUCCUCCAAGUCCAGCGACGAGGCCCAGCUCCAGACGCUGCCAGAAACUGCAGAAGACCGGAAGCUGGAGUUUCUGGUGCAGCCGUCUCCGGUGGCCAAAGUGACGGGCUCCAGCGUCCUGCUGCCAUGCGUCGUCGCAGGUUUCCCUGCGCCGCACAUCCGCUGGACGUUUGGAGACAAGCUGCUGGAGGAAAGCGAGGGUCGUGUGGAAAUGCUGGGUGGAGGAAGUCUGCAGAUCUACAACCUCACAGAGGAGGACGGUGGCAUCUACACCUGCGUGGCUGAAAACUCUAACAGCAGCAUGGAAGCUCAGGCCCAGCUCACAAUACAAGUUCCUCCACAGUUUGUGAAGCGACCGGCCAACAUUUACGCCCACGAGUCCAUGGACAUCGUGUUUGAGUGUGAGGUGUCUGGAUCUCCUGCUCCACCGUUAAAUGGGUGAAGAUACGGAGAUGCUGUCAUCCCCAGCGACUACUUCAAAAUAAUCAAGGAGCACAACCUGCAGGUCCUGGGUCUGGUCAAGUCAGACGAGGGUUUCUACCAGUGCCUGGCGGAAAACGACGCAGGAAACAUCCAGUCCAGCGCUCAGCUCAUCAUCCUGGAUCACGACGUAGCCCUGCCCUCCUUCCCUCCCCCCUCACUGACUCCUAACACUACUGACCAUGUAACGCCAGGCUCUGGAGGUGUAGCCGGCCCAGCAGGUCCCACCCCCUCCGCCCCCAGAGACGUCGUGGCUUCGCUGGUCUCCACCAGAUUCAUCAAACUCACCUGGCGACAGCCGGCCGAACCGCACGGAGACGAGCUCACCUACUCUGUGUUCUACAGCCAGGAGGGCAACAGCAGGGAGCGAGUGGUGAACACCAGCCGACCGGGGGAGAUGCAGGUCACCAUCCAGAACCUGAUGCCGGACUCCAAGUACCGCUUCAGGGUGGUGGGCCACAACAGCAACGGGCCGGGAGAGAGCUCUGCAGCGCUCAGAGUGGCCACCCAGGCUGAAGUCCAAGUCCCCGGUCCGGCUCCUAACCUGCAGGCGGUGUCCAACACGCCCACCUCCGUGUCCCUGAGCUGGGACAAACCGCUCACCGGCAACGGAGAAAUCCUCACCUACAAGCUGUACUACACGGACAAGAGCGGCGGCUCCGAGCAGGACGUGGACAUCGACGGUCAGUCCUACACCUUGACGGGGCUGAAGAAGAACACGGAGUACAGCUUCAGGGUGGUGGCCAACAACAAGCACGGUCCAGGAGUUUCCACCGAGGACGUGGCCGUUCGAACGCUGUCUGACGUACCGAGCGCUCCUCCUCAGAACCUGACGCUGGAGGUCCAGAACUCACGGAGCAUCAUGCUUCGCUGGCAGCCUCCACCCCUGAGCGGCCAGAACGGGGAGAUCACCGGCUACAAGAUCCGCUACCGGAAAGGAUCCAGGAGGAGCGAGACGGCCGACACCAUCGGAGGAACCCAACUGAACAAACUGAUCGAUGGUCUGGAGAGAGGAACCGAGUAUUCUUUCCGGGUGUCGGCCAUGACGGUGAACGGAACCGGACCGGCAACCGAGUGGAUGGCAGUGGAGACGUUUGAGAGCGACCUGGACGAAUCCCGUGUUCCGGACCAGCCCAGCUCCCUGCACGUCCGGCCGCUGGUCAACAGCAUCGUGGUGAGCUGGACGCCGCCUGAGAACCAGGACAUCGUGGUCCGAGGCUACUCCAUCGGCUACGGCAUCGGCAGCCCCCACGCCCAGACCAUCAAAGUGGACUACAAGCAGCGCUACUACACCAUCGAGAACCUCGACCCCAGUUCUCACUACGUGAUCACUCUGAAGGCCUUCAACAACGUGGGCGAAGGGAUUCCUGUGUACGAGAGCGCCAUCACCAGGCCGCAGUCGGACCCCAUGGACCCCGAUGUUGACCUGUACGAACUCUUCCAUGCUCCAUACACCCCAGUACCAGACCCCACCCCCAUGAUGCCUCCUGUGGGCGUUCAGGCCUCGGUGCUGAGCCACGACACCAUCAAGGUGACCUGGGCCGACAACUCGCUGCCCAAGAGCCAGAAGAUCACAGAUAACCGCUACUACACGGUGCGAUGGAAGACCAACAUCCCCGCCAACACCAAAGUCAAGAUGGCCAACACCACCAGCCUGAACCACAUGGUGACGGGUCUGAAGCCCAACACGCUCUACGAGUUCUCCGUCAUGGUGACCAAAGGAAGGAGGACCAGCACCUGGAGCAUGACGGCACAGGGCACCACCUUCGAGACCAUCCCCAGCUCCUCUCCGAAGGACGUGACUGUGGUGAGCAAAGAGAACAAACCUCGCACCAUCAUCGUCAACUGGCAGCCUCCAUCCGAAGCCAACGGGAAGAUCACUGGCUACAUCAUCUACUACAGCACCGAUGUGAACGCUGAGGUCCACGACUGGGUCAUCGAGCCGGUGGUGGGAAACCGGCUGACGCACCAGAUCCAGGAGCUGACGCUGGACACCACCUACUACUUCAAGAUCCAGGCCCGGAACUCCAAAGGGAUGGGCCCCAUGUCGGAGGCCGUGCACUUCCGAACCCCUAAGACUGAGUCCUCUGACAAAAUGGCUAAUGACCAAGCUUCAAAUCCUCCACCGAAGCCGGGACCUCCAGGAAACCACAACCCAGUGAACCCCGGGACUUCAGUAGGUACAUCGGGGGUCAAAGGCGGUGAUAACCCCAUCCUGGUCAUGGUCAUGGCCAUCAUCAUCCCGGUGGGAGUCUUCAUCGUCAUCGUGGUGGUGGUCGGAGCCUUCCUCUGCACCCGGAGAACCACGUCCACCAGAAGAAGUAAGAAGGCCGCCUCCAAGUCCUCCAACGGCUCCCACAAGUACAAGGGCAACUCCAAAGACCUGAAGCCUCCCGACCUGUGGAUCCACCACGAGAGGCUGGAGCUGAAGCCCAUGGACAAGUCCCCAGAGCCCAACCCGGUCAUGACGGAGACGCCCAUCCCUCGCACGUCACAGGACAUCACGCCGGCCGACAGCGGCCUGGAGAGCAACCCUCACCUGCAGCAGAGACGCAACUCCUACCGUGGCCACGAAUCAGAGGACAGCAUGUCUACACUAGCAGGCCGGCGAGGGAUGAGGCCUAAAAUGAUGAUGCCUUUUGACGCUCAGCCGCCUCAGCAGUCGGUGAGGAACACCUCCAGCUCGGAGCCCCUCCCUCCGGCCACCGCCUCCUCCCAGGCCUCCUGCCCCUCAGAGAUCCUGGCCGACCCUGAGGGCAGCUACCACGGCUCCAGCACCACGGAGGAGGAGCCCAGCUACUCCAGCAACCUGCCGCCUCACCGCCCAGCGCACCCCCACGCCCACGCCCACCCGCUCAAGAGCUUCGCCGUUCCCGCCAUCCCGGCCUCCAGCCACCCGUCGUACGAGUCCCCCGCCCUGCCCAGCACCCCGCUGCUCGCUCAGACCGGGCCUCCAUCUCACCCCCACGUGGUGAAAACAGCCUCCAUUGGAACUCUGGGAAGGACACGAACACCGAUGGCCGUCACCGUGCCCAACGCCCCCGACGUGCCGGAGACCAGCAAGAUGCUCGAAGACGUGGACAACAGCUACGAGCCCGACGAGCUGACCGAGGAGAUGGCCCACCUGGAGGGCCUGAUGAAGGACCUGAACGCCAUCACCACAGCGCCCUGAGCAUGCACCCGCGCCCGAAUCAAACGCACCCUCUCCGUCAAACACACACAUUUACAGGAACACUUCAAAUCAAACGUUCCGGAGCCAGGAAGCCGCUGGACGCUAAAAAGGCUUCUGGUGCCCGAGAAGAACACCAAACUCUCCCGUCGCCCCUCUGCAGAGAUAAAAAAAGCAAAUCAGAAAACAAAACCUCCAGACUGAAACCUUUUCGGCUCACCUCGCUCAGUCUCAGGAAGGAGAUCGCCACGAGAGGAAGAAAACGUGAAGAAGAAUCAUUCUCAGAGACGAUGAACUUUUUAAACAUUGGUCGCUUUUCAACCGGAAGAUUGUGAAUUUUUCUUUCUUUUCCUCAGCAAAAAGUCGGUUCAGUUGGUUUUUUGUGCCGAACGCUCGAGACGGUUGAUUCAGUGUCAAAAUGGAGAAAGUCCAAAAAUCUGCUGGUUUUUAGAAGUCGGUGCUGGAGGCGGCGCCGACGACUCAGUGUUGGUUUGAUUCGUGUUUCUUUGUGCAUUUUGUAAAUCUAUUGGGCCGUUUCAGUGAACUUUGGAUUCCAGCCCCUCCUUUAAAGCCGACAUUAUUCAGUUUUUUUGCUUUUACCCCUCGUGUCGUAUAUUGUGCCAUGACUUUUUAUUAUUUUCUAUGUUAUUGUAUUAUUUUUUUACACACAUAUCCUUAUAAACGUGUACAUAUGUUGUGUUUUUUUUUCUUAAACUGCCUCAUUCUUUGGAUGUUUCCCGUCGUUUCGUUUCUUAUUAUUUGGGAUGAAGCUCAGUUUUCGUAUCGGCGGUGGAGAAGCCCGGCGUCUUUCUACAUUCUCCUCUUUGUACAUUAAAAUGUUCUUUUCCAGUCGUCUGUUUGUGGUGGGAGCUCCGUUUUAAAAGCCUUACCAACGUGUUUGUAUGUUGGUCUUCAGCUCGUGGGACUGGACAGCUUCUCCUCACAGGUCAGAGGAACCAGGACUCAGGGCGCUGAUCCCACCUCCUAAAAGAACAAACCAAUCAACCACAGCAGACCAGUUCUCUUUUCUACGACCGAAUGUGUGUGACGUUUCCAAACAGAACCAGUGUUUGGGUUCAGACGUCUCUGCCUGCUGAACCAGCUGCAGCCCAGUGUUUGCUGUUUCUUCUUUUCUUUAAUGCUGUCGUUCAUCAACGCCGCGCUUCUUUUACUAAACCUUCUCAGAUGCAAAGAUGUUGGCCUUUUGAAGGGGACUCCCAGAUUUUUUUUUACAUGGUAGGUUUUGUAUGAAAAAAAACCACGAGAAGCUUGUUCUAAACACAGAUCCGAUGUAAAAAAAACAAAAAAGAAGAAAAAAGGUUCAUUCAGGAGCUAGUUUUUCAUCAGCCUCUUACCCAAAGAAAGCUGUCAUUUGCAAUCAUAGUAAUUUGCUCUACUUUUGUGAAUACAUGUUUCUCAUUAAUGUACAUCGUCAUGAAUGUCAAUAUAACUGUAAGAGAUUUAACUAUGGAGAAAACACGGAACGAGCUGGGGAAAAAAGGACCGGACUCCGUUUGGGAAAUAAUCUAUCGAGUUGUAAACAGUUGAACCUGUAUUGCACUUUUUCACAAUUUUUGGAAAGUACAUUUCUUACAUAUCUUGUGUUUUAAAUAUCAGAAGCUGUUUGUGUAACGUAGUGUCCUAGGUAAGCAGCAGGCAGCUGGUCUUGUUUUUUCAGUUUUUCUGUUUUUUCUGUUCUUUUUUUGCUCCAGAGACCGUAUGAAUCGAGCAGCGAGUCGUUCACGUCGCAGCUCACCACGAGGAAUUCUGUUGUUGCUUGUUCAUGUACAGAGCUUUCUUUGCUUUCUGUAGAAAAAAAAAACGAAAUCUGUGGCUUUUUAAAAAAUGUUGAAAAACGGUUUGGAAAAAAAGAUGUUUUUUUAUUGGUGCUCCUAUACAUUGUGUAUACAAACUAUUAUGAAUACUAACAAAGUAAAUGUU